AUGGUACGGGAAUCGGGAAGCAAGGAGAAAGCGGAUGAAUAUCCAUCUUUGUACUUUCCAGUAGAAGAUGAUGAUGAAGCUGGUGGUGAGGAGAGCUUGGUUGAGAGCAGUAUCAGUCUUUUGGAAAGAGGGGAAUGGAGGCGAGGUGCCUUCGGCGGCGUACCUUGCAGAACAAGUCGGUGGGACCCGUGGCUACCUACCUACCCUAAGAGCGCCCGCUUCGCAGCACACCGCAGCCUGAGGCUGGCGCAGCCGCCAACUGGAAAACAUACCUACCAGUCGAAGUCAUUCACCGCACACCCAUGCGUGCGCCGCCUUGCGGCGGACUUCCGCAAAUUGCCGCCACCGCGAUGUUACUAUGGUCUGAUGGGUAAGUUUAACUCCUGGCCAUGUAUUUGCGGGCAGCGGCCCACUGGCCUGGUGAUCUGGGCAACUCGACUGGCUGAAGCCCAGCGUGUUGAGGUCGACACAUUUGAGGAAUCUCCAGCUUGGGUUACUAGCUGGAGUUCUCUGUCAGUGAUCCACGAGAACGUACUUACAAGCGAAGACACAAUGUUGCAUAUUUGCUGGGAUGGUGAGCAACGGAUUCUCCUGUCCUGGGACUUUAACAACAACACUGCCUGCCACGUCGCGGACCAUUGGAAGGGGGAGGGGACGGGGAUAUCAAGUUACCGUUGUCAAACGCACCUGGGGCCCCAAGCUUACCAAACUCCAACCAGACUCCACGGCUACCUCACUUACACGGGCUUCGGUCGGAACGUCAUCCACGCCAUAAUAGACUACCUUACUCCGUAG